UUAACAAAUUGAGAAUUGAUGACUAUUCAACAAUUAAAUGUCACUCGAUCGAAAAGUUUUAACUAUUCGGAAAUUAACGAACUGCCAGAGAUGAUCUCUCGAACUGGUAAAAUUUGGACGGAUGUGGGUCAUGCGCGGUAGGAUUUCACCAACUUAGGUUCGGUCAAGCGGUCGAAAACUAUGCUCCUCAACCUGUCUAACGAGUUUCCAACAGGUAGGAAGUAGAUCCCACCGAGCUGCGUGCCAUUGGACGUCGGUGCUGACGUCGACCGUGCCACUACAGAGUAUCGAGGUGGCAGGUCUUCUCCUCGUUGUGACUCACUUUGGUCGUCGUUGCUCGUUUUACUAACCGACAAAUCCAUGUGAGAGAUUAGGACUUAAAACUUUGGUGCUCCUGUGAAAGCCGGACCAUGGAUCCGAAGUACGAGUACACGUCCGAAGCCACCGUCUAUCAUGCGAACUAUAUGAAAAACUCGAAAGCCAUCGGAGUGUUGUGGGGUGUGUUUACUAUCUGCUUUGCCAUCAUAAACGUUGUCGUGUUUGUUCAGCCCCAUUGGUUGGGUGACACUCAACAAAGCAAAGGAACUGGAUAUUUUGGACUGUGGCAAGCUUGUCGAAUGGUUCAAGAUGGACAAGAUGUCAUCUGCGAGGGGCGGUUAGACGAUUUCAGCUCCAUUCCCUCUCCCGCUUUUCGUGCCGCUACCGUGUUCGUAGGCCUUUCUGUCGUCAUUAUCUUACUCUCCAUCUGCUGCAUGUUAUUGUUCUUCGUCUUUCAUUCCUCGACGGUCUUUCAUAUUUGUGGAUGGAUGCAAGUUUUCAGCGCCAUUUCGAUGGUGAUUGGUGUAUUGACGUUCCCAGCAGGCUGGGAUGCUGCCGAAGUUAGAGAAGUAUGCGGUCCCGAUGCCGACGACUACAACACAGGACAAUGCGGCAUACGUUGGGCAUAUAUCUUAGCCAUUAUCGGAGUGUGUGAUUGUGUAGUUCUAGCCGUUCUAGCUUUCGUUUUGGGCACUCGUUAUGUCAAGUUAUUACCGGAGCAGUACAUUACUAACGGAUCCGUUUAUAAAGGAGAAGUCAACAGCGCUUUUGUAGCCGACAAUCAAUCGACUGCAUCCAGAAAGUCGAUGAACUUGCAACCUAUCAUGGUGGUUGCACCUCAACCCAACGAUCAAGAAAGAUUCUCCGACUUUUCCCAUAGGACGGGACGUUCCAAAGGAAGUAACUAUCGUCCCGAUUAUAACGCUUCCAUGAGAAACUUCCAACUUUAAAAAAAAAAAAAA